CGUCAUCGCAGUGAGCCGACUCCGCUGCUGUCCAUGUGAGUUGGGAAUGUGAUUUUGUGGUUCUCAUCGGGCUCGGGAUUUGGAGAGAUUUAUGUGUGCCGUAGUGAGCAGGAAGAGGUCCUGAAGACUCGGGAGGCAGGAAGGCUGGGGGCCAGUCCGGCGGGGAUUGAUCAGGUGAUUGAUCAGGCGCGUGGAGAGACAUGGAGCCGGCCAGGGGUGCAGCGGCGGAGAAGGAGGGACAGAGCCAGAGGAGGAAGGACAGGAAAGGAGGGAAGGGGAAGAUGAGGCCGGAGGGCAGAGGGGGAGACGGAGGGAAGCCGGAGCGAAGAUGGAAACGACUGGACGCCAUGAGUGUGGGGUAUUUCCGCAGAGUGAGCGCCAGACUGGAGGAGGAGUUCAGCACUGAGGAGUCUCCAGACAUGUUUGUGGAGAAUGUCCUGUCAGAGGUCAGAGGACAGGCCGUCUCUGUGGCCACUGAUAUCACCGGCAGCGUGGCUCUCCAGAAGCUCCUCCCCCUGGCUAGCCCCGCCCAGGUGGGCGGCGUCCUCACUGAGCUGGGCGGAGACUCGGGGGCACAGUUCAAGGCUGUGUCAUGUGACCGCUGUGGAGCACAUAUCGUAGAGACCGCUCUGCGGCAGACACACAGACUGCGAGUGGAGGAUCCAGAAGCUACCACAGAGAACAGGAGUGAGGCAGACGGGCAGGCAGAUGGCGAGGAGGAUCAUGGGAUGCUGGAGAAGCAAGUGCUGGCACUGAGUCGCGCAGUGGUGGACAACCUGCUGGAGUUCGCCCAGGACGCGCACGGCACCUUUGUUGUCCGGAGGCUGGCCGAGACGCUGGGGGGCAGGCUGACGCAGGGCCGACCGGACCGACAGACAGGUCGGAAACCUAGAGAUUUCAGCACCCAGGUCAUCGACUUCCAAGUCCCACCGUCAUUUGAAGAGGCUCUUGACAGGUUGUCAGACUGCCUGCUGGACAAUAUCAAUGUGUUUGUCACUCACUCUCUGGCCUGUCCGGUGCUCCAGACAGUUCUCACUGUCUCUCAGAAGAAGAGGCCAGAGCUCUGCCAGCGCCUCACAGAGGGCAUCAUGGGAUACUUGGCGUCUCUCAGCGCUGCCCCUGGGACGAGCCCCCUCCUGGUCUUCCUGAAGGACCAGACCUCCAGUCGCCUCCUUGAAAUGCUCAUAGCCGCGUGUGGCAAGCCCUUGCUCCGCGACCUCUACAGAAACCACUUCCGGGGUCAUUUGGUCUCCCUGGCACUUCACCCAAUCGCCAACUUCCCUGUGCAGAGACUGACAGCUGCUGCCGCCAAACACAAGCUGGGUCUAGAAGCUAUCCUGGCGACCGGUCACAUGGGUGUGAUUGUCCAGUUAGCAGAGAGCUGCUCUCAGCAGGAGGAGAGACAAGCUCAGUGUACUCAGGCACUCCUGGAGGUAGUUCCCAGUGAGGCAGUGCUCCGAGCUGAUCAGUUUGGGCGUCAUGUCUGUCGAAACUUUGCUCUGCCUCACUUCCUGAAGAGGCGGAGCCAGUGGGAGGAGCUCCAGGGUGCCCAGUCGAAGAAGAGGAAGAUGUUCAGUGAUAUUCUGGAGGGAGUGUGAGAGAGAAGAGGAGGAGGAGAGAAGAGAGUGAUAUUGUGUCCAAACGUCCUUACCUCCCCCAAUUGUCAGGGUCUAAUCAAUCUGAGCGAUUUGUAUUCUUCUCUAAAACAUUUUUGUAUGCAUCUCUAAAACACUUUAUGUACACAAAGUAAAGACCAUUAUUAAAUGGUAUAAAUGUUGA